CACUGCAGAACCAUGACCUUCCCUGUAAGCCUAACAUUUUUUCUUUCCUUAUGUGUUUUUUUGGUGUCAUCUUCCUCUGGGGAAUUUGAAAAUCAUACAUGUGGAAAACCGCAGGGCGAAUGUCAACCUGGAAUUUUGCUGCCAGUCUGGCUCCCUCAUAACCCAUCAAUGGGGGACAAGGUGGCUCGAGCUGUGGUUUACUUUGUGGCCAUGUUGUAUCUCUUCUUGGGGGUGUCCAUCAUCGCUGACCGAUUCAUGGCAUCCAUAGAGGUCAUCACUUCUCAAGAGAAAGAGAUUACCCUCACCAAAGCUAAUGGAGAAACUAGCGUAGCCACAGUACGCAUAUGGAACGAAACUGUCUCCAACCUCACUUUAAUGGCUCUGGGUUCCUCUGCUCCUGAGAUUCUCCUCUCAGUCAUUGAAGUUUGUGGUCACAAUUUUAAUGCUGGAGAUUUAGGCCCAGGAACCAUUGUGGGCUCUGCUGCAUUCAACAUGUUUGUCAUCAUUGGCAUCUGCAUCUACGUGAUUCCUAAUGGUGAAUCAAGAAAAAUCAAGCACCCAAGAGUAUUUUUUGUCACGGCUACAUGGAGUAUCUUUGCCUACAUAUGGCUGUACCUUAUUCUUGCUGUAAUCUCUCCAAAUCGAGUGCAAGUCUGGGAGGGUCUGGUUACUCUCCUCUUCUUUCCCGCCUGUGUUGUCUUUGCUUGGAUAGCGGACAAGAGGCUCCUCUUCUACAAGUAUGUCUACAAGAGGUACCGUGCAGACAAGCGUAGGGGCAUUAUCAUUGAAACAGAGGGUGAGUUUCCAAAGAGCAUAGAAAUGGAUGGAAAGUUGGGAGCCUCAGCCGUGGCAUCAGUGGAAACAAAAGAAUCUGGAGCAAUAGACAGCGCAGCAGCUGCAGCUGAAGCCAAGGAACUGGAUGAGAGUCGUAAAGAGGUGAUCCGUAUCCUGAAGGAAUUGAAGCAAAAGUACCCAGAGCGGGAGCUUGACCAGCUGGUGGAACAAGCCAAUUAUUAUGCUCUACUACAUCAGCAGAAAAGCAGGGCAUUUUAUAGAAUUCAGGCCACCCGUAUGAUGAUUGGAGCAGGCAAUGUGCUCAAGAAGCAUGCAGCCGAUCAUAGCAAAAAACCAGCCAACCUCCAGGAAGUGACACCUGACCCUGGAGAGGAAAAUAUGAGUAAAAUAUUUUUUCAGCCCUGCAACUACCAAUGUUUGGAAAAUUGUGGUUUUGUGACACUUAAUGUGGUCUGUCAAGGUGGAGAAGGUACAAGCACCUUCUAUGUGGACUAUAAAACUGAAGACGGGUCUGCAAAUGCCGGCUCAGACUUUGAGUAUAGUGAAGGGACUCUGAUCUUCAAGCCAGGUGAGACGCAAAAGGAGCUGAAAGUUGGAAUAAUAGAUGAUGACAUCUUUGAAGAAGAUGAGCAUUUCUUUGUACGACUGAUGAAUCUGAGGGUUGGAGACGCAGAAGGGAUGUUUGAGCCGGAUGGGGAGGGACACCCUAAAGCACGCUUGGUGUCUCCCCUUAUCGCCACAGUGACAAUAUUAGAUGACGACCAUGCUGGGAUUUUCACUUUCGCAGAGAAAGUGCUCCAUGUUAGUGAGAGCGUGGGAGUCCUGGAAGUGCGAGUGGUGAGGAACUCAGGGGCACGCGGAACUGUGGUCAUCCCCUAUAGGACAGUGGAAGGGACAGCAAGGGGAGGAGGAAUUGAUUUUGAGGAUGCAUAUGGCGAGCUGGAGUUCCUGAAUGAUGAGACCUCGAAAACCCUCCAGGUCAAGAUUGUUGAUGAUGAGGAAUACGAAAAACAGGAAAACUUUUACAUUAUCUUAGAAGAGCCGCGCUGGCUAAAACGAGGGAUAUCAGCCCUGUUACUCACUGAGGAUGAAGAUGACAAAAAACUGACAGCUGAGGAGGAAGAAGCAAAGAGGAUAGCAGAGAUGGGGAAGCCAAUACUGGGUGAGCACUCCAAGGUGGAGGUUAUCAUCGAAGAGUCAUAUGAAUUCAAGAGCACAGUGGAUAAGCUUAUCAAAAAGACAAACUUGGCUCUGGUCAUUGGAACACAUUCCUGGAGGGAACAGUUUAUGGAGGCGAUCACCGUCAGUGCAGGAGACGAGGAUGAGGAAGAUGAUGGGCGAGAGGAACGCCUUCCCUCCUGCUUCGACUAUGUCAUGCACUUCCUCACAGUGUUUUGGAAAGUCCUGUUUGCUUUUGUGCCCCCCACGGAGUACUGGAAUGGUUGGGCAUGCUUCUUUGUCUGCAUCACUAUCGUAGGGAUCCUCACGGCUGUCAUUGGGGAUCUGGCCUCUCAUUUUGGCUGCACAGUUGGGCUGAAGGACUCUGUCACAGCUGUGGUGUUUGUUGCUCUUGGCACAUCCAUUCCAGAUACUUUCGCUAGCAAGGUGGCAGCAACACAGGAUCAAUAUGCAGAUGCAUGUAUAGGAAAUGUGACGGGCAGCAAUGCUGUGAAUGUCUUUCUGGGUAUUGGUGUGGCCUGGUCUGUGGCAGCUAUUUACCAUGCCUUCCACGGAAGAGACUUCAAGGUUGAGACGGGCUCCCUAGCCUUCUCUGUGACACUUUUCACUAUCUUUGCUUUCAUCAGCAUUAGCAUCCUGCUCUACCGUCGCAGACCCCAUAUAGGAGGUGAAUUGGGAGGCACUCGUCUGUCCAAAACCCUCACUGCCAUGUUCUUUGUUGGCCUCUGGCUCCUCUACAUUCUGUUCUCCAGCCUUGAAGCCUACUGCCAUAUUAAAGGCUUUUAAGGAGGUGAUGUAGAGGAGAUUUCAUGGACAACCUUCUCCUCAGACUGAGUACUCAAACAUUCCAUGAAACCUUGCCUAUGUCGGGCUUGUUUCAUCCAGUUAAAAUCAGUCUGGAGGGAUGGAGGGCAAAAAAAAAACUGAGAUUAAUUUUAAGCUAUUUAUUUAUUUUUUUAACAUGUCCUGCUCCAAUAUUUAUCCACAUCAUCAUCUUCUAAUUUUUGACCCCACUGGCCCAGAAAAAAAGUAAAAGUAUCUGGAAGGAAAUAUGAGAGGGAUAUAAGUUCCUGAGCUGCAGAUAUGGAGAAAUGGAACAAAAGAGAAAUGAGCUAAAGGAGGAAAAUGAUAGUAAAG